UUCCAUUACUGCUUGCUUGAUAUUGCCCUAACAACUUUUUCAUGAAUCAAUUUUGAGCAUUAUGUUUACAACGUAGUUAUUAUAGCACGAAAUAUGAGUCUAAAAUGCCAAAUACUUGCAACUAUUAUGUUAAUCACUGAAAUCUUAGUGUACUAAUUGCUCGCUAUAAGCUAGGUUAUUGCGCCCCUAAACCAACGUGCUUACUGCGCUACCUCCCCGGAACUCAAACUAACGUGAAAUGCAUGAAUGCUUCCCCCCAACGCUAAAUACGGCCUUGUAUCUCCUGCUCCGCUGCUGUUUCUGAAACGGUGUCGCCAUCAGAUUGAUAGACAAUAGAAGAGGCUGAAGUGCAUUGGAACUUUUCAAAAUGUGCUCACUCAUAAAGUUUCAAAAGCUUCAUUUCAUCCCUAGCUACUGGAGAAAUCUUUAUAACGCCACUAAUUUAUUUUCAAGAAGAUGUGGACCAGCAUGUAUCUGGACAUUUCGAACUCGGGAAUCACGAAUAGAGUCAAGUCAUAAAAGAUAUUCAUCUCAAAAUAUUGGAUUUAGUUUUACCAGAAUUUGGGGUUGUUCCUCUUGGCUCAAGGUUCCAUAUGCCAAUGCCAACACUUCUAACACUUCCCUAGCUAGUUUCAACCAAGCAUAUCAUACUUUACGAUCUGAAAAACUUUACUUGGAAAACCCUCUUCUGCAAAAUCAUUUGAAGAAGACUCUUGAGGAGUAUGAUGAUCUGACGGCAAAGCUUCUGGAGCCAGAUGCUGUUAGUGACAACGAGCGGAUGGCAUUAGGAAAGAUACACUGGAAGCUGACCCCUCUGGCAGAAUCCUGCAAGGAAUACGAGAAUACAAAAAUGGAACUUUUGGAGCUUGAAAAGAUGUUAGAAUCUCUUGACAGCAGUGAUGGUGAAAUGUUGGAGCUGACAAAAGAAGAACAGGGCAAACUGAGUGAAAGACUGGAACAACUAGAAGAUCAGAUUUUACACCUCAUGGUGCCGCCAGAACGUAUCGAUGACAGUGACAUCAUCCUGGAAGUUCAUGCUGGGGUCGGCGGUCAGGAAGCCAUGUUGUUCACAAGGGAAAUCUUAACAAUGUAUGAAAAUUAUGCAACGUGGCGAGGUUGGAAAUUCGAAGUCUUUGAAUGCGAGCAAACAGAAUUAGGUGGAAUAAGACGGGCAAGUGCCAGCAUCCACGGCCUUGACGUUUUCAAGUAUCUCAAGUAUGAAGGCGGUGUCCAUCGUGUCCAGCGGAUACCAAAAACGGAAAAGUUGAGCAGGAUGCACACGAGUACAAUGACAGUGGCCAUUCUGCCACAACCCCAUGAUAUUGACAUCCAACUUAAUCCAUCUGACCUGAGACUUGAUACAUUCCGAGCCAGUGGCAAGGGAGGCCAACAUAUCAAUAAAGUGGAGAGUGCGGUCAGACUCACUCAUAUUCCCACUGGUGUAGUUGCUGAAUCUCAGAGUGAUCGUUCCCAAAUCAAGAAUAAAGAAAAUGCAUUAAAAGUUUUGAAAUCUCGGUUAUACCAACGUGAACUCGAAAAACAAACAAGCCAACGCCAGAGUAAACGAAAGCUACAAGUUGGAAGUGGUGGCCGAUCAGAAAAGAUCAGGACAUACAACUACAGCCAGGAUCGAAUCACUGACCACCGAGUUAAAGCUACGGAACAUAAUGUGGAGGCAUAUUUAGCAGGGAAGGAGUUGUUGCAUGAGAUGAUUGAAAGUUUACUGGAGGAGUCCAGAAUCGAAAUCUUGAAUGAGAUACUCGAUGCUGAUUAGACUAGCUCAAACCAUGAGUUUCGAAAAUAUUGUCGGACACUUUCUGUUACUCCUACUGAAGUUGUCUGAAUUCUCACAAAAUAUUUGUUUCUACGUGUUCUAGGUGCUGUGGCAAGUUUGCUGGUUUAUAUCUGCAUUGUAAACAUAUCCUUAUCUAAAUAAAAAAUAUAGA